AUGUCGAAAAAAUUCAACAUUCGUGAAUAUGUUAUUGCAAUAAAAUAUUGGUCUCUCUUAUUCAUUCCUCAUUUAGCCAUAUCUCUUAUAUUUUUAAUUUAUACAUUUGUUGGUGCUUCUAUUAUACAAGAAAUUGAAUCCCAAAAGCAUCAUUCAGUGACAACCGGUAUUGUUUCGCCUGUUGUUGUUGAUCAAUCAUCAAAUGUAAAAAUAAUUGAACGUGAACGUGAAAAAUUACUAUCGAAAUUAUUGACAAAACGUCAAGCCGUUGAUUUACAAACGUAUGCCAAUUACAUACGUGAUCAAUUAUUAGAAUAUGAAGAAGAAGUAAAAGAAUGUUAUCGUUCGACAGCAGGUAUUGCUAGACAACAAGAAAAUCAGUUAACAGAUAAGCAAAAACAGCAAUGGUCUUUUACCGGCUCGUUAUACUUUAUUGGAUCAAUUUUAACAACAAUAGGUUACGGUGAUUAUGCUCCAGCGUCUAAAGUGGGCAAAUUAUUUGUAAUGAUCUAUGCGUCAUUAGGCAUCCCUUUAACACUAGUAUUAUUAAGUGAUUUAAGUAUAUUGUUAACGCGUUUCAUUAAAUAUUCAUCGUCUGUAUUCUAUCGUUUAUAUUCAACAUCUUACUUUUUGCAAAUACGUUCAUAUCGUUUAAUACGUUUUAUCGAAGAAAAAUUAGGUAUCGUCAUUAUCCUACAGGAUGUCGCUAGUAUUCAAAAUCAACACCAUCAACUGACAACGACAACAUCUACAGUAGAUGAAGACUACUAUGAUCUAACCGAAGAUAGUAGUAGACUUCUCAAACUUCAACCACCUCCACGUCGUAAACGAUUAUCAAUCGCAUUACAAACGCUUUGCGGUAUUGUUUUUGAAUCAUUGGAUGAUGUCAGUGAUAAUUUUGAUUUAACUUUGACACAAUUAAUUGUUACAUUAAUUAUUUAUAUAUUUUUUGGUGCAUGUCUAUUUUCGCAACAUGAAAAUUGGUCGCUGUUUGAUAGUUUUUAUUUUUGUUAUAUAUCAUUAUUCACCAUCGGUCUCAAUCUAAAACCGUAUAAACCAGAAUUUAUGCUCAUAUCUUCAAUUUAUAUUCUAUUUGGUUUAGCAUUUGUUUCGCUGUGUAUACAAACUGUACAAAUAAAUAUUAAAACAGUAUUAGUUACGGCGGGAAACAAAACUUUAAGAGAUCUCAUUGAAUUUUUAAAACAAAUGGGUUUUCAUGAAUUAAGUACAGAGGAUCUACUUACUGAAAAUUUUGGACGUCGUCUGACAGCAACUAUUGAGUCUCCUCUUAUAUCCCAGCGAUAUCGACCUAAUCAAUGUCAAGCACCGUCAUUUAGUGAAAUUUCACAAGAGAAUACUAACACUAACGUUCCGACGGCGUCUGCUAUACGUUCGACAGUCGAUCCAUUACGUCGUUUAAGUACUGGUCUAUUAAUGCGCGCUUUUAAGUCAUUUCCAGGUGAUGCAAAUAAUUUCACAGUUGAAAAAAGUGUUCAAGUCAAUACUAUCAUUCGUUCUUGUGGCCGUUGUUCAGGUGCCAAUAAUUUUUUUUCAAAUACCACAUCACUUUCAAACAUCAAAAAACAUUCACCAGCGACUGUAACAACAUCUAUUGAAACAUCAGCUGAUCCCUCACCCAUGACUCUUGAAGUACCACCGUCUAUGGAAAGAUUGAGAAAAAGACGUGCUACGCUUGUUGCUCAAACAAUCAUUAAUCAAAUGGCUAUACAACAACCAAUUUUACAAGUGAAAACAGACGAAUCAUAUAGUGCAACACAAUCCAAUACAACUGUUCCGAAACCACCGACAUCGUUUCGUUAUAAUGUUACAUCGACGACAACAAAGCCAUAUGACAAUGAUACUACUAACCAUUUAGAUGCAAAUUACAAGAAUGAUACAUUAACUUCUUCUACGAAGCCUUCUUCGCCACAAAUUUCAUUUGUUGUCUACCACGAUGAAUCACCACCUCGUCAUAUCGAAUAA